UGCCCCGGGCGGGCGGCGGGGCGGCUCUGAUGGCGGCGGCGCUGCCGGUCUAUGUGUAUAGCCCGGAGUACGUGGCGCUCUGCGACUCCCUCUGCAAAGUGCCCAAGCGGGCCAGUAUGGUACACUCGUUGAUUGAAGCAUAUUCCUUACUUGACCAGAUGAAGAUAGUUAAGCCAAAAGUGGCUUCCAUGGAGGAGAUGGCGAGCUUCCACACAGAUGCCUACCUGCAGCACCUGCAGAAGGUCAGUGAGGAGGGGGAUGAUGACCAUCCGGAGUCCGUGGAGUAUGGACUGGGUUAUGACUGUCCGGCUACUGAAGGGAUCUUUGAGUAUGCGGCAGCUGUGGGAGGAGCCACCAUCACCGCAGCACAGUGCCUGCUGGACGGCAAGUGCAAGGUAGCGAUUAACUGGCCUGGAGGGUGGCAUCAUGCAAAGAAAGAUGAAGCUUCUGGCUUUUGUUACCUGAAUGACGCUGUCUUGGGGAUCCUGCGGUUGCGCCAGAAAUUUGACCGUGUCCUUUAUAUCGAUUUGGAUUUGCAUCAUGGGGAUGGAGUUGAAGAUGCCUUCAGUUUCACCUCGAAAGUCAUGACUGUUUCUCUGCACAAGUUUUCACCAGGGUUUUUCCCAGGCACUGGUGAUGUGACAGAUGUUGGCCUGGGGAAGGGUCGCUAUUACAGCGUGAAUGUACCUAUUCAAGAUGGCAUUCAGGAUGAGAAAUAUUACCAGAUCUGUGAAACUUUUUCACAGAGUACGGACCUGAUUAUGUGCUGGAGAUCACACCGAGCUGCAGACCAGACCGCAAUGAGCCACAGAGAAUUCAAGAAAUCCUUAACUCUGUCAAAGAGUGAGAUGAAACCUCUUCUGGGGCAACUCAUACCCAUUGCCCCAUGUCCUCUCCAUGUGGCUCCUUGUGAAGAAAGAGCCUCUGUCCUCUCUGUAGCUGCCAUUCAAGUACUGGAAUACUGUGAUGAGGUACCCCCAAGCCUUCUCUUCUCCAGGCAGAAGAGACCCAGCUCCAUCAGCCUUUCAUGACAGGGCAAGUUCUCCAGCCCUUUGAGCAUCUUCAUGGCCGUCCUUUGGACCAUCUCCAGUCUGUCCGAUGUCUUUUUUGAUUUCUGGGGACCAGAACUGGACACGGUACUUCAGGUGCAGAUGACAAGUGCUGAGUGGGAUGAUCCCAUCUCUAUUUUUGCUAAUAAUGCCCCUGCAGAUACUGCCCAGGAUCCAGUUUGCCUUCAUUGCUGCAGCAGUGUGCUGCUGGAUCAUGUUCAGCCUGUUGUCCACCAGGACCCCCAGAUCCCUUUCAGCAAGGCUGCUCCCCAGCCACACAGAUCCUAGCCUGAACUGGGCUUUUUGGUUAUUCUGUCCUUCUCUCUGUUAAAUUUCAUACUGUUCUUGUUAGCCCACUCUUCCAGCUUAUCCGGAUCUCUGUAAGAUGGCUCACCCUUCUGAUGUGUCCACCUCUACACCCAGUUUGGUAUCAUCAGCAAACUUGGUGAGGUUGCUUUCAAUGCCAUCAUCCAGAUCGUUUAUGAAGAUGUUGAACAGUGUGGGGCCCAGUAUCAACCCCUGGGGGAGCCCACUUGUGACAGGCUGCCAGCCUGAGUAAAAACCAUUGAUUGCCACCCUCUGUGUGCUUCCUGUGAGCCAAUUCCCUCCCUAGACACUUAGCAGACUAUCCAUCUAAUCUGUAUCUUGGCAGUUUGUCCAAGAGGAGGCAUGGGAAACAGUGUCAAAUGCUUUGCUGAAAUCCAGGUAGACAACAUCCACUGCACUCCCCAUGUCAACAGAAGAUGUUAUUUUCUUGUACAAGAUGACCAGACUGGCUUGGUACGAUUGCCCUUGGUAAAUCCAUGCUGGCUUUUCCCAGUCACCUGCUUCAUUUGGUUUGUAAUAGUUUCUAGGAGGAUGUGUUCCAUGACUUUCCCAGGGACUGAAGUAAGGCUAAUGUGCCUGUAGUUUCCUGGGUCCUCUUUUGGACCCUCCUGGUAGAUGGGUGUGACAGUUGCCCUCUUCCAGUACUGGAGGAUAUCUGCUGAUCUCCACGACUUUUCAAAUAUUACAGACAGUGUCCUUGCAACAAUGUCAGCCACUUCUCUUAACAUAGAUUUAUGUGGGUUGAACCUUUGCAAGAGGUCACAGACCUCCCAUCCUUGCUGGUGGGUGGACACGUGCGUUGUUGUAGGUACACAUUCUUGUGAUCUGAGGUCCGGCUAUGCCAGUAAUGACAGAGGGUAGAGAAAGUAUUGAGGACUUCUGCCUUGCCAGCAUUAUUAGUAAUUGGUUUCCCUGCCCUUGUUAGUAACGGGCCUGUGUCUUCCCUGGGCUUCUGCUUACUGCUUACAUAUCUGAAGAACCCAUUCUUCUUGUGUUAACUUGACGUUUAAUAAAAAUGUGACUGAAUGCAAAGGUGGUUACUAAAGGCAGGAGGGCAUGUAGCUCACUGUGAGAAGGUAGGCUUGGUAGGUAUACCUGUAAAUGUAAAGUAAAUGUGUUUGUAAAUCUU